GUGACCGAGGCACACGAGCAGCGAGUAGCCGGUGAAGAUCGGCACACUAACAACCCCACUGGGUCGCUGCUGAAGGGGUGAUGCAGAGUAAGAAGGGGAGGGGGAACUUCAAUCCCCAGAAAGCUUUGCGUGUCUUUCCCCGAUCGCCGACCUGUUCCGGCUCCUCCUUUUAUUAGACUAUGCAGACAGGAGGCACGUUUAUUUCCCCCCCUCCCCCCGCAGCUCCUCCAGAGCCCCACCCGUUUAACCUGCCCCGGGUGCUAACUUGCUCCUGGAGCCGUGCCAGCAAGCGGAGUUAAAGUGACAGGAGAACAACAAAGCGCCCGACUGCGGAAUAGCCUCUCGCGCGAAGUCGUGGAGCCCGGCCUGGAAAAUGACUGGGAGCGGCCGAGGGCCGCCUGGCUCUUGGCAGCGCGCUGCGGGGGCCAGAAUGACUGAGUGCCGCUGCUGCCGGGCUGGCCGGGCCGUGGGCGGGGCACGUCCCGUCCCCACUUCUGAGCACAUGCUCCCGGGCGCCAGGGGCUGCGGCCCGGCCUGGAGGCUCCACCCCGCUCUCCGGCUGCCUCUCUCCGCGGCUAGGGCUGGAGGGUGGGACCCAGGGGCAGGUGGCCCGGCCCAGCUCGCUGUAGCGGCGGGCGGGCAUAGGGGGGCGGCAGCACCCCAGCAGCGGGUGCCCCCGGCCCGCCCCCUAGCACUCGCCGCCCUAGGGAAGGGCCGGUCCCUUCGUGGCUCGCUGCGGGAGCCGGAGCGGCAGCGGCGCGCUGGGCUCUUUGGUUUCUCCUUCCCUUCCCGGCAGAGACACACACACGUGCUGCCCGGCCUCCCGGGGGCGGGUCGCGGGCGGCGGGAGCCAGAGGCCGGCUGCUGGCGAGCCGCGGUGGGAGCUGCGUGAGCGGAGAUGAAGCCCCUGACGAGGCGCUGCUGCUCCGAGGAGGGGCUGUUGCUGCAGGUCACCCUCCUGCGGCUGGACCUGGAUCUCCGCCGGCUCCGAGGCCCGGACAUUUUCCCUCCGCAGCCCAAGUGCCCAGAGCGGGCCCGGCUGCUGCUGCUCCGGGAGCUGCGGGCGCUGGGGGGCCCUUACAUCCCCAGCACCCGCCUGGAUGCCUGGCUGGUGCACGCCGUGGCCGGCGAGGAGAAUGGGGCGCUCCCCUCCUCGCCUGUCAGUGGCGUCGGCGGAGAUGGCCCCAGCGAGAGCGGUCCCCAAGAGGGCCCCGGCCACCCCCGCUCCGCCCGGGGGAGCAGCCUGCAGCAGCAGGCCCAGGAGGAAGGGGAUGGAGGAGUUGCAGCGGCCCCCGGAGCCGAGCCCAGCCCUGGGGGGAGUGACUGCCCUACCCUAGAGGUGAGGAGCAGGGGAGGACACAAGAGCAUCGGUCCCCGCCUGGGGUUUGGAGUCCGGGGGGAAAUUCCUGCUGUCUUUUCAACGCCAGAACUUGUGCACAAGAGCAGAAUUGAAAACACCAGCUCUACCUCCCAGUCUACAGCGGGGCUAGUACGUGAUAACUCCAUAGAAGAAGUAUGGCAAGACUUUCUUCUGUCACCUGAGCUACAGGAGAUUUCACUAGGAGAUACUCAACCUGUAGCUAGUAGUAGCAGAGGCAUGAAUUCAUUAUCAUCUCACUACACUGUAAAUUUGACCCACGCUAUUAGCCAUGAUGUUUGCCUCCGUGAAGCUACAUUACUGAGAUCAAACCACAGCAUUAGAGUAAAUCCAGAAAUAAGGACUGUACAGAGACAAGAGUCCUUUCUGCAGUUAAAUUCUAGCAUCACAAACCCCGAAUCAUUACUUAAUGGGACUAAUUUGGGGUUAUUUCCAUCUGUUGACAUUAGGAACCUAACACACCAAGAUCUUCUUUCAGAUCUUGAUGAGAACAUCUUUGAUGAGGUAAAUCUAAUGGCAUUAGCAUUGGAGGAAGGUUUUGAUCCUAUAUAAGUCUCUCAUCUUUUUCAAGAACCUGACUCAGUUUCUGGACUUUCUUUAAAUUCAAGCCAGAGCACAACCUCUUCAAACAAUUCUGAUUCGUCAUCUGUUUCAACCUGCAGUGAAGGUGCCAUUGGAUACAGUAGUGAUUUAGAAUAUACUUCCCACAAUGGCUUAGGAGGUGUAGGGGGUCAUUACCCAGAGCGUAGUAAACACUGCCAUGUGGACUAUCAAAGCGAUUCAGACUAUUGUGAGGAAUCCACACUUCAAUAUAUUCUUCAUAACCACACUUACAAUCACCUGCCAAAUGAAUUAGCAUCCACUUCUAAGCAUUAUUCUUCAUCAUCUGAGAAAUCAAACAAAGUAAAGGGCAGGUGCCUCAAUAGCACAGAUAAUCUUAGCCAUGAUGAACGCCAUGUGAAAGCCCUGAGAAUUCUGUUUUCUGUACAAUAAAUUGUGAGCAUGCCUAUUGAUAUGUUCAGCAACAUGUUAUCGAAUCUGACAGAUACUCAAAUAUCACUUAUACGUGACAUAAGGCGAAGAGGGAGAAACAAGGUUGCUGCUCAGAACUGCUGCAAACGUAAACUAGAUGUGAUCCUGAGCUUGGAAGAUGAUGUGUGUAAGCUUCAAGCCCAAAAAGAAAGCCUUAAGAAGCAGAAAUCUCAGUGCAAUAAAUCAAUUAGCCUUUUGAAGCAAAAACUAAAUGACCUUUAUUAUUUACUUUUUAGUAGGUUAAGGGAUGACCAGGGCAGACCUGUUAAUCCAAGCCAGUAUGCUCUUCAUUGCAGGAGUAAUGGCAGUGUUUUGAUAAUACCUAAGAGACUGGUCACAUCAGAACAGAAACAAAAAUAAAUAAUAUUAAAAUCACUACAUUAUUUAGAACUCAUUCUGCUGACAGUGUGGUCAAUAUAGUGGCAUAAAUGCUGGAGGCUAAGAAUGCUUAUGAACAUGUUAAAGACCCAAACAGUAGUAUUUUGAGACUUGUGCAUAUGGCCUGCAUCCUUAAUUAUUGGGAUGGUUUUUUAUAUAUAAAUAUAAUAAAUUGUCAACACAUAGAAGCUACAGCAGUAAAAACCUGCUAGUUUGACUGAGCUGCUGAAAUUUAAUUGGAGUUAUUGGAGG